AUGGCCGACAAAGAUGCUUAUGUUAACGACGGGGGUGACAAGGUGCAAGUUAGCUCCACCUCCGCCAGUAACGAGGAUGGCCUGAAACUCAUUCGGGACGCCGCCCGUUCGCUGCCGCCUGACGCCGUGAAAAACUUAUUGUCCAAUGGAGUUUGUGGGCGAUGCAUUUUCUGGCUGUUCAGUAUUCACCAGCACCUCCUUCCUUGUCCUUCGAUUUCCAGCUCAGCUCUGAGUGCAAUUCUUCGGGAAUCAGCAGAAACGGAGGGAGGUGUAGCAGAUCAUCCAAAUAAUCUGGAUUCUGUUAAAGAGUUAGAGGAAGUUGAAGUAUGUAAAAUCUGUCUUGGUAUCAUGCAGUUUGUGUACUGCGAUGCCAAGGAAAUGUUGGCAAAAAAAGGUUCUGCUAUCGAUUUUGCCACAACAAUUGCUGAUGUUGUAAAGCUAGAGGGCCAUCAAAUUGAAAGUUUCUCUCUUGAGCUGUCACUGCCCCCAAUUAUCGUGGAUAAUGAAGAAUCAAUUUGGUCGUACAUGAAAAAGACAUACGAGUCCAAACCUUGGUACCGUGAACAGUUUCCAUCUCAAAGGAUCACCAUUAAAGAUUUCUUAAGAUUGUCCCUGACAAAUCCUCUUGAAAUGUUGUUGGAUGUGAAAUCUAAUCCAAGCUCUUUCCAUAUUCGUUUGACAUACAAACUCUCUGAUGCAUCACCAAAUGAGCAGCUUAUUAGCAAGGGGAAUGAAUGCAAUAAGAGGAGAAAAAUAGAUGAAAAUGAUGACUUGAAGAAGCAUGGUAAUGUUGAAGGACAUGAAUUCCGUAAAAGGUCUUCAAACGAGUUGGGUGAUAACAAGUUUGGUGGCUUAACAUUCCCCCUGGAGAAGGUCAGUCGAUGCUGCUCCUUGAUCAUCCAGUGCUACAGAACUUCUAUCUACAUUGGUGGGAGAUAUCUUAAGUACUCAAGAAAAGUCAGCCAGACACGUUGGAUUAUUGACGACGAAAGGAUGGGAGAAGCAUCUGUUGAGGAAAUUGUUGGUGGCACCAUCCUUCCCAUAUGCCAGGGUGACAGUUAUAAAUUUCAUGCUGCAGGCAGAGAAGAUAUUGAUGUUCGGAUGCUGGGUACAGGGCGGCCUUUUCUGGUUGAGAUCCAAAAUGCACGCCAAGUUCUUUCUGAGGUGUUAAUAAAAGAUAUAGAAAAAAAAAUAAAUAGCACGGAAACUAAAUAUGUUAGGGUAAAGAAUCUCAAGGAAUUUGGUAGUCAGGGGUGGGCGCUGAUGCGCGAAGGAGAAUCUGAGAAGCAGAAGCAGUACGUUGCAGUUGUGUGGAUUUCUCGUCCACUUGACGACAAUAAUGUGCAGACAGUAUCAUCACUCAAGGACAUACAAAUUUUGCAGAAAACACCUGUAAGAGUUCUCCAUCGUCGAAGUUCAUUAGUGCGUGAGAAAAUUAUCCAUUGGAUGAAAAUUGAAAGGAUAGCUGGAAGUUCUCAGUAUUUCCUAUUGCACCUGUGUACUCAGGCUGGAACAUACAUCAAGGAAUUUGUUCACGGGGAUCUUGGACGCACACAUCCUAGUAUUGGUUCGAUUUUGGGAUGCAGAGCAGAGAUAUUGCAACUUGAUGUGACAGAUGUGAAGAUGGAUUCCUUCCAGAGUUAA